AUGUCCGACGCAGCGCUAGAAAUAGAGGACCUCAACGUGCGCGCGGGUGCAGACACUCGACUGUGGUGCAAGGUUCGCCUUACGCAGAAAGCACGCGACCUUGAGCGCGACCUCGACGUGGCCAUGGAGAUGAUCAAGGCUACGGAGAAGAUGGCGCAGGAGGAGCGCGACCUCCUGCACCUCUAUAGCAAGCCCUUCUUGGCCGCCAACUUUGCGCACCGCGUGUGUGCGGGCUGGACGGUCGAGAACGGCGCUUCCUUCGAGGCGCUGAUUCUGGCAGCCUUUGCCGACUCCGAGGCGUUUGAGCACCUCCGGUCGGUCUCCAUGCAACAUCCCUCGAUUUUGAUCCGCCUCGGUGGUUUGCAACAGAUCAACCCGAUGGAGGGUUAUUCAGAGCAACUACUUCGUAAGCAGCAAGAGCGCGCCACGAUCGCGAUCGACGACGAUGACGACGGCGACGAGAAUGCGGCGCCAGCCAGCAGUUCCACGCGUCCCCGUGUCAAGACAGGCGGCAUCGUCGGUCGCUACGCCCGGCGCUUGUAG